AUGGUCAAACGAAAGCAUGAGCAAGUCCAGGAGGAGGAUACGGACUACUCGUCCGAGUGUGAAACCAUAAAUGAAACUUUCAGUGACGAGGAUCAUCACAUCACACCAAAAAAAGUAGUAAAAAAUGAAGACUGGAUUCAGAAAUAUGCUCCAGUGGUUUCCCAAGAUAUUUGUAUACAUCCCCGAAAGCUCAAAGAGGUAAGCGACAUUCUAAGCCAGAUGUUGUUCCAUCAAUCUGAGUACAAACUUUUGAUUUUAUCGGGACCUGCUGGCAGUUCCAAAUCAACUACGGUCAAGAUUCUAGCAAAGGAAUUGUUGUCCAACGCGGCUACUGGCGGAGGACUCGACACAUAUACUGAAACCGGAGUCGACCAGCUCAAUCUCAGACCGCCCGAAAGCUGGAUAGAGUAUCUUGACGAAGCGGGAGAUAUGGCGCAGUCUUGUCGGUUUCUGGAGUUUCUUGAAGAUGCACGAUAUAGAACUGGAGAUAACAAAUGUGUGGUUGUUGUUGAAGAGCUACCAAAUGUGUUUCACAAGGGCACUCUUGAGAACUUCAGAAGGGCAAUUUUGGAGUGGAUAUACUCAGAUUCUUCAGCAAACCUUCCACCAUUGGUGCUUUGCAUAAGUGAAGUGGAAACCUUGGGCUCACAAGAUCGAGAUUACUUUAGUCUCGACAACAACUUGACUGUUGAGACGUUGCUUGGGAAGGAAAUUGUCAAUGCCAAGGACAGGGUCAAGCGCAUAAAAUUUCAACCCAUUAGCUCGCACCUACUUGAAGAAAUCACUUAG